CAUUUUACUUCCUCUCCGUCCGCUCUUAUGUCGAGCAAGCAAGCAUGCAUUCCACACCUUUCAUGGAAUGCCAAAUCCCCAUAUAAACCCUAAAUUCACAAUCACUAUCCCACUCUCACAAAUCCCUUACUAGAAAAACAACAUAAAGACAAACCCAGACUUUUAUUUUCCUAUUGUUUCACUUAGAUUAUCUUAACACCCAAGUAAUCCCACCAACCUUAAUUAUAUUAUUAACGUUUUAGUCAUUCUCCCAAGGAUUUAAACGGUUGCAAGAACUGUGAUUAAAACAAAAAGGAUCAGGCUUUCUUUUUCGUCAUUUUUUCUUUUCGGUGUGGGGUUUUAUUUUACUCGGGCAAUAUGCAUAGAUCUGGAGCAACGAUGGCGUGGAAUGUGUUCAGGUUUUGUACGGGUCUGAGGGGCCUCGGCUCGGUCAUGAUCCUGCCGGUUUUAGGAGUCGUGGGUGUCACUUACUAUUCUGUCGUUUUGACAAAUUUUGGCCCAGCUUUGUUCGACGGCGGCCUCGAUUCCCUCACCGCUGUUGUCGUCUUGAUCUUAUUUCAUUGUCUGCUGGCGAUGCAAUUAUGGAGUUACUUUUCUGUUGUUUUCACUGAUCCGGGUAGCGUACCAGCUAACUGGAGGCCAGCUUUGGACGAGGAGAGAGGGGAGACCAACCCAUUGAAUGGUUCAGAGUUCAAUGGCUUGCAGUCAAAUCCAUCGAAUCAAAGGAUUAGAUGUUGUCGGAAGUGCAACCAGCUGAAACCACCUCGCUGCCAUCAUUGUUCUGUUUGUGGUCGGUGUGUGCUAAAGAUGGACCAUCAUUGCGUGUGGGUUGUCAAUUGUGUUGGUGCAUUAAACUACAAGUAUUUCCUUCUUUUCUUGUUUUACACACUCCUUGAGACUAGUCUUGUGACUUUGGGUUUAUUGCCUCAUUUCAUAGCAUUCUUUACUGAUGUAGAAAUUCCCGGAACUCCUGGAACCUUGGCCAUCACUUUCCUUGCCUUUGUUUUGAAUCUGGCAUUUGCAUUGAGUGUCAUGGGCUUUUUGAUCAUGCACAUGUCUUUGGUGGCAGCUAAUACAACAACUAUCGAGGCCUAUGAGAAGAAAACCUCUCCAAAAUGGCGUUAUGACCUUGGUUGGAAGAAAAAUUUUGAACAGGUGUUUGGCACAGACAAGCGAUACUGGUUCAUUCCAGCUUAUUCAGACGAGGAUUUACGACGAAUGCCAGCACUUCAGGGCCUUGAAUAUCCAUCAAAGCUUGAUUUUGAUUCACAGGAGUUCUAAAAGGUUAAUAAUGAA